CCCCCAGACGCUGCUGUGCCGCGAGCUCCGCCACAGCAGAUGGAUCUCUCGCGCUCCGCUCCCCCUCCGCCUCCUCUUUCCUCCUGGAUGCACGCGCCCCAGUGAUUGUUUCCAGCGACAGGAGAGCUGAGCGAGUUGACCGAGGAGUUUUCCCUUAACGGGCAGUUUAAGUCGCCGUACCGCGAGGACGAGGGGAGAGCCAGGAGGAGGUGGAGGAAGAGAACCGGAGAGCCAGCCUCCCCCGGUUUGCUCCCCGUUUCUGGUGACUCAACAACACCACACAGUCUUCAACAAGCUCCUCUCAUGCUUACUGAGAAUGGAUGACACACAGUGCAGGGUUCAGGUUGGAGAAAACAAGUUCAUCAGCAAGGUAACAGUCCUCUCACACCUUAAGACGUACAAUCUCUACUAUGAAGGACAGAAUCUACAGCUCCGACACAGAGAAGAAGAGGGGGAGCUGAUCUUUGAGGGCUUGCUGAAUAUCUUCUGGGGCCUGCGGCGACCAAUCAGGCUUCAGAUGCAGGAUGACCACGAGCGAAUCCGACCGCCGCCCUCAUCUACGUCCUGGCACUCCGGCUGCAAUCUGGACAGUCAGGGAUCCUCCAACAGCACAGAUGGUCAGCAGGCGACACAGCAGAGCCCACCCACAGUGGAAGUGACUCCACCUGACAGCCAAAUGGAGGGCAAUGGUGUGAUGAAUGAACAGUCAGACGAGGACAGUGAGAGUUCCGCUCAGCUCCUCAGGACGAAGAGUGAUGCCGGGGUCUUAAGGCGGUUACAGCGACGGUCACCGAGCGACCAGAGGAAAAUUCGACGCCAUCGCUUCUCCAUCAACGGACAUUUCUAUAACCAUAAGACAGCAGUGUUUACUCCUGCUUACGGCUCCGUGACCAAUGUGAGGAUCAACAGUUGCAUGACGACGCCUCAGGUGCUACGAGUUCUCCUCAACAAGUUUAAAAUUGAAAACAGCCCAGAUGAUUUUGCGAUCUACCUCGUCCACGCAAGCGGAGAGCGUGUGAAACUGAAGCGAAGCGACUAUCCUCUGGUGCUGAGAGUGUUGCAGGGUCCAUGUGAGCAGGUCUGCAAGGUUUUCCUCAUGGAAGAAGACCUGGGAGAAGAAGUCACAUAUGAUGUGGCGCAGUAUAUCAAGUUUGAAAUGCCUGUCCUGCAGAGUUUCAUCACCAAACUGAAGGAGGAGGAGGACAGAGAGGUGCAAAAACUCAGGACAAGAUAUACUUACCUGCGGUGUAUAAUCGAGAAGCAGCUCAGUUGUCUUCCGGAGGGGCCGACGUGUAUGUGAUCUGCAAACUUUCAAACCUCUCCCAGAGAACCAUAUCCUUCACCCAGCUGUGACCAGGAGAGUGACCAAGAAUCAGCUGACAAAAACCUAUUUUUAUGUGUUUCAUCCCGCUCCUCUCAGCUCCUCUGAAUUCCUGCCUCUGUAUGGGGCCUUUUUCAGAUUAUCCAAUCAGUUAACAUACAGAGAAAACUUAAACAUGCUGGAUGGUGUGCAUGUUAAGUGUGAUCUGCAUCUCAGCAGUACUCAGAUUCAGACCAAGUCACUUGUCGUCUGCUGUCCUCUCUGUUUUUCUUUGUCAUCACGUACAGUACACACAGAAACUAAUCACUCAACUCCUGAAUAAUUUAAUCAUUUUUUGCAGUGCAGUACUUUGCAGAAUGAGCUUCAAACGAAUGUUUGUUCAGUCUACCGUCCAGAUUGCAAGCUGAUGCCCAAAAUCUGUUUAAAGCACAAAACAUCAUAUAAUAUGGUCUUAGUGAAGUGCCUGUUUAAAAGUUUUCCCAAGCACAAAGACACGCAGGGAAAUUCUGAGGUGGUAACUGGAAAGUACAGAGCUACAGUUGAACCACAGCUUUCAGUUAAUGUGAAACAGACCACAUCACAGAGGGAAACGUUUGUGGCCUCUAAAGGUGACACCAUCCGGUCCCACAUUGUGCCGUGUGACGUUAUGUUCCACACGCAAUUUGUUAAAUAUUUUAUUUGAAGGAAUUUAACUGAUCCUGUUCAUUUCGCUGCAGUCGUGUGAACAGAUAAUGGCUUUGUGUUGCAGCCAUCAGUCUGCUGGUGGUUCGUCUUUCUGCAGUCAUUCCAGAUGAAUGUUCAGCGUUAUAUGAUUGGGGUUUAAAGGCAUAGUUUGAUA